AUGACAAUCGCAGAGGAGGUGUCCCUCACGCUGCCAAAUGCAAACACCGAACGCGAGACUGUCGAGGUCACUUCCAAGGUCAUGGAGCUGUCGCUGGUCCUGGACUGCGUAACCACGUCAGCAGAACUGAGCACUCGUUCGGAGUUCGGAGUGCCGAAGGGCGACGUGCGACGAAGCCCUUACAAGAAGAUGGAAGCCGGGGGCGCCGUCACCGUGGCAAACGUGUCGGACCUGACCGAGCCCAUCGCCUUUCAACUCGCUGCUGGCGAAGCCGUCCCGGGAGACCAAUGUGCUUUCUUCGAUCCAGUUUCACAGACAUGGUCUACGCAGGGCAUGGGGAAUGUGGACGCAGAGACGUUCACGGCGCUGCUUAGCAGAACGAUGAACGGAACCUGGUGCCUGACCACCCACACCUCAAUGUUUGCUCUUGUCCAGAUCAUCCCCUUUGAGUCCAUGUGGGACCCAGAGGCAGGCACCCUGAACGCUAAUGGUUACAUCCUCGCCGGUGCCUUUGUGGGCUUGGUGGUGUGUCUCAUGCUCUGCUUCGCUUGCGGCCUUCUGGUCCGCCGGAUGCGUCCAGCGGCGGCAGGGCAGACGGAGAUCCAGGACCCUGGGCGACUUUGGGUCGUCACUUUCUCUCGAUCACAAGUCAUGGCCGAGACGAAGACAGUGGUCUCUGACGAAGAUGACGAACACGAGGAGACCAUGGAUGCCAAGCAGAAGGUGCACAUUCGCUGGGACGUGGACCCUGCACCUUUGCUGACAAAGCUGAACCACCUCAAAGGCCAUCGUUGGGUGUCCAUGGACUUGAGAGCAAAGAGGGUGACCGGGGUCGCAGGCUCCGUGACUAAGGAGGCAUCGCAGUCCUAUGCCAAACGGUCCUUCCGCAACAUGUUGCAGGGAGUCGAGGGCGAGGAUGGCAUGACGAAGAAGACAACGGACGCGGCAGCGCAGAUGGGCAGACAGGCGUCGGUGACCUCCGAAGCUUUCCUUGGCGCUGUGGAGUCCAAUCAGGACAGCGGCGUUGCUAGAGAAGAUUCCGAAAUCUACGAGGUCAGCUUGCGGGGUGCAGCUUCAGACUUCGGCUUGGUUGAGGUUUCCGUGGACCCAAGCCCAGGCACUUGGGAGCCUUCGUCGGCAUGGCAGGAGAUGUACCAGGAUGCUCAGCUGGUGCACUACUAUUCCCACACUCAUGGGCGGACGCUGCUGGGCUUCAUCCAGGGUUCGGGCCAGUUCAUGGGGACGGACGCGGACGAGCUGCCACGCUACAACUGCGCCAUCGGCGUGCGAAGGCAACUUCGCAGGAUGGUCCCGCUGACAGACCUCCGCCCGCCGUUCAGAGGUGGCGAUCCCGUCAUGGUUUUUCUGGAGGAUGAGAGGACCUGGCAUCCUGGAGCCAUAGCAGCGACGCCUGCCCUCGCCCUCCACCAUGCAGCGAAGUUCCAGGUGUCGGUCCUGGACAUGGACGCGUCGGGUGCCGUGCUGCGGGGCCCACGCCCAGGCGUCUGCUUUGCAACGGAGCGAGUGGAGCGAUGCCUGCGCCUUGUUCCGUCGGAUUCGGCAGGAUACGGCGUCGCUUCCCGAAGGGCCACAGAAUCCGGGCCUACAGAGGCGGCGACUGCGGCGGCAGACAGGGCUGCCAUGGCUCGCCACGCGGUGCUUCUAUUGGCAUGUGCUGCAUGGUCGACGUUGGCGGAAAAGUGCGAUGACUUCCGCUGUCCCAGCGGUUCCGAGCCCAGACAAGGUGAGGAGGGCCGAACGUCGGAAGAGUGCUGCCAGCGCCUGUGCAGCAGCUUCAACUGUCCAUCACACUCGGGCUUCGUGUCCAUCAACAAUGUGUCUGCAGCCGGACUCACGACCGCGUCGUGUUGCAGAAAACUUCCCUCCUGCACCGAAAACUCCCGAUAUGUGCCACUGAGCAGUCCCAGCUUGGACGAAGGGCGGGCGGAGGUUGCGGCCUCGUCCAUCGAAUGUGCGGAGCGGUGCCAGGCCAGUACUGGAUGCGUUGGAUUCACCUGGUUGUCCGACUCCAGCUGUCACCUGGCCGGUGCCAAUGCAACCUUGCGCUUCAUGCCCGGUGGAGUCAGUGGCAACACGACCUGCCACUCCUUGCGGCCGUGCACCGGCAAGGUUCACCAGCUCUUUGCCCAAGCGAGCCCACAGAUCCUGUCAAGCGGCAGCAGCUCGCAGCUGGACCUGGCAGGUGUUGCAGUGGUGGACUGGGAUGCCGAUGGUCGUCUCGAUGUGGUGACUUCUCAUGGAAGUGGGCGCUUGGGCCUCUUCUUGCAAGGCUCGGAUGGGAAGUUUUCUGCUUCCACGGACAACCCCUUCCGUUCCAUCGAAGUCGGGGAGUCUGCGAAGCCCACGAUCUUUGAUUGGGACGGCGAUGGGGAGCUGGAUGUCUUGGUGGGCAAUGCAGACGGGGAUCUCAAGUUCCUGAAAGGUUCGGGAGAUGGUGCUGUGGCCAUGACCUGGAAUUGGUACCCCUUCAGCACGCUGACAACCCUUGGUCGCACGGCACCUGCCAUGGCAGACUUGACGGACGAUGGGCACCCAGAUUUAGUCCUGGGUCACGGAUGUCAGCUGGAUGUGUACCUGGGACAGGGCAACCACUCCCUUGCACUCACGGCGUCUCAUGACUUCGCGUCCUCGGGCUCCUCGGGCUCCUGUGCCGUUGUCCCGACAGUGUGGGACUGGGACGGCGACGGGAUGAAGGAAGUGAUUGUUGGGGACCAGGCUGGAAAAUUCCAUCUCUGCCGGCUCAUCAACGGAACCACACUCACUUGCGACUCCUUGGAGGGCUACGGCGUCGGCGAGAUGGCGUCGCCCUCUGCGUGUGACUGGGACUCUGACGGAGUUCCGGACCUCAUCGUCCAGUCUCGGGGCCUCCAGGACCUGGCCUGGUUUCGCAGAGGCCCCAGGCCGGACGUCUUGGAGGUUCCCGCCAAGAAAGAGCCGGCGCUGUUUGGCUUUGACGUGGGUGAGUCCGCCGUGCCUGUCUUGGUCGACUGGGACCUGGAUGGAGAUCUCGAUCUGAUUGUCGGAAGCGCUGAUGGAAGGUUGUGGUUCUUUCCCCAAGAGAACGGCGAGUUCGUAUCCUCAAAUCAUCCCGACGGGCCCUUCGCCAGCGUGGACGUCGGGUCAAACUGUGCACCUACAGCGGUCGACUGGGAUUCCGAUGGGUUUCCAGAUCUCAUCCUCGGCAGUGGUCAGGGACGGCUGACCCUGCUGCGCGGAGGCAGUGCCGAGCCGCUGCUGGAGGGGCAGCGACUUUUUGCUUCCGUGGACCUGAAGACGCGGGUGCAGCCGGCCGUGGUAGACUGGGACAGCGACGGAGAUCUGGACCUUCUCCUGCUUGCCGGUGGUCGGAUCCAAUAUUUCAGAAACGAGCACGGCCGUUUUGUGCAGGUUCCGGACGAGUACAGCCCUUUCUCACAGGUUGGUGAUGUACUUCGCCGCCAGGGGCUUUCGACGGAUGACUCUCUGUGCUUGCAGGCGAUCGACGCAGAUUCCGAUGGAGACUGGGACCUCGUAGUGGGAGGGUUGCUACUGGAGCAGCUGUCCGACGGCACUUUAAAGUAUCUGACCGGAAGCGACAGUGCCUUUCCCAGUCAGUGGCCUUGGCCUGCGGAUGGGCCUCCGUGCCUUGCGUACGGCGACUUGGACAUGGAUGGGGUCCUGGACCUGGUGGUGGGCUUCCGAGACGGGAGGCUGGAUCUCGGGCUCGGCAAACUCGGCGAUGAUUUCAAGGCUCAGGAGGGACUCGCGAACCCUGUGGGUGAUCUUGGGCUGGGUAUGGCCCGCAAGACGCCGGGCAUCGUCGAUUGGGAUGGGGAUGGCAAGGGCGAUCUCCUCGUCUCGGCGGACGGCAUGCGGCUCUUUCUGCAUGAAGCAGACGGGUCUUUGAAGGAGACCACGACCAAGCUCGCUUCUCUUGAGGGGCGCUCCCCGUUGUCGAUCGUGACUGUGGAUUGGACGAUGGAUGGAGAUGAUGACAUCCUUCUUAUCGAGAAGCAAGCCUUGGUACUUCUGGAGCGGAGCGGCUCAGAAGGCUUUCUGCCAGCCUUUGAGGUGUUCCACUGGUCGCUUCGCGAUGGGUUGCCCACCGUCACGGGAGGAACCGUGGCAGAUUGGGAUGAAGACGGACUGUUCGACGUCCUCGUCGGCCUCGAAUCCGGUAGGCUGCAGCACUGGCGCCAGCGUGCUUCCGGGCAGAUGCAACUGGUACCGGAGGACGAGAGCCCCUUUGCGGGGAUUGUUGGGGAAGGCUCAGCCCAACCUGCGAUGGCAGAUGUUAACGGAGACGGAAAGCCGGACUUGAUUCUGGGAUCAUCUGGCCGGCUGCAGAUCUACCUUCAAGACGAGGAAGGCAAACUGAUCCGAAGGCACGUGCUGGAUGGCUUCCGAGGGGAUGUUGUGCCGGUGGCAGCCGAUUGGGAUGGCGACGGCGAGAGCGAGAUCAUUCUGGGCACGUCUUCAAACGACCUGGUGUAUCUGGAUCAGGGCCCGUGUGCUCCAAGAGACGCCUGCCUGGGACAGUCCGGGCUUUGCAACUCCAAGAGCCAGGUUUGCGAGUGCCUACCAGGCCAUAGUGGCAUCGACUGUUCCAAGUGUGCCACGGGCUUCAGUUCUACGCCCAGGAACUCCGAGCGGGGCCACGAUUGCUACCCGUGCCCAGGAAAUUCAGGCGCCUGCAGUCACAGAGGAGUCUGCGUGGACGACCACUACGUACAGGCUGCGGCUGUGGGGCGAAGGGAGAUCUCGGAUCCACGGCUUCUUCGUGGAAAUGGAAGCUGCGUCUGUCAUCCCAACUACUUCGGAAAGGACUGCGUGCAGGGCGAGUGCCCUGCUGGCCAGGAGCCCGCGGCAGACCUGGCGUCCGGGUGGAGCACUCAGCUCGCCUCG